ACAAUAUGUAUUAACUUUAACGAGGGGAUGUAGCUGUAACACGUUUGCUAUACGAAAGUAAACGAUCUUUCAAAGAAAUCUACAACUCUCGAAACGGCACUAAUUCAAAAUGAUUGUGAUUGGCGAUAGAUAAGAUCGUUAAACAUUUUUAUCAUGGAGGAAGAGUCAUCGAAGUGCUGUAUGUACUUUGUGAAACGCAAAAAUCGAUAUUGUCGUAUGACCGUUAAAAGAGGUAACAAAUUUUGUGGAGAACAUCAACAGGAUUCAUUGAAUUCUAACGAUGCAGAAAAUACUGAAAAAAGUAACAAAAGGAUAAAAUGUCCUCUUGAUCCUACUCAUACAUGUUAUGAAUCAAAGUUAUCUAAACAUUUGACAAUAUGCAAUGCCCGAAAGAUAUUGGACGCUCGACCAACAUAUAUAGUCCAAAAUGUUAAUUUAGAUGAAGAAACUGAAGAAAUACCACGUCUUCUUCCUCUGUCACAACUCGAUCUUUCCGUUGUAGAUGCGAUAAUAAAAAGAAUUGAUGAAGCUUAUGAAAAGCUACCAGAAAUUUCCAAAGCAAUAUUACACCAUGAUAUAUUAAAAGAUGCAUUAACUAUUUCAUCUUGUGGUAAAUAUGCUAAGAAACACUUGACGCAAAAUUCGUCAUUGCUAGCACAUUUAGAAAAAGCUGAACUUGUCAAAAAUAAUACUUGCUACAUUGAGUUUGGAGCUGGAAAAGGUAAUCUAACUUAUUGGUUGGCACAAAUAGCAAAAGAAAAACAAGACUCUUGUAUAUUGUUAGUGGAUCGUUCUAGUCAUAGACAUAAAAAUGAUAAUAAGCUUAAAAAAGAGCAACAUAAUAUUUAUGUAAGACGGAUACGUGCUGAUAUAGCAGAUUUACAACUUAGUAACAUUGCAGAAAUCCAAAAUUUUCUUAAUAAAGUUGGGAUUGCAAAACAUCUAUGUGGUACUGCAACAGAUCUUGCUAUACGAUGUUUGAUACGAGCAAUAGAUAAUAAAUCUAGCGGCAGUAAUUAUGGAUUAGUCAUAGCUUUCUGCUGUCAUCAUAAAUGCGAAUAUAAAUCCUAUAUUGGAAAAGAAUAUUUAGAACAAUGUAAAUUUCUUCCAAAAGAAUUUCCAAUUUUAUGUAGCAUAGCUAGUUGGGCUACUUGUGGGUUUAAUUUAAAAACUGAUACUGAAUUAAAAGAUGAAAAUAAAAAAGUAAGAUUCAGCAAACAAAACGUGCGUUCUAUCGAACGAGAAUUAAUUGGUAAUAAAGUUAAAACAUUAUUGAAUUGGGGACGUUUAGAAUAUUUAAGAAACAUUGGUUUUGAAGGUUCUUUAUUUCGUUAUAUUUCGUCGGAUGUUUCGUUGGAAAACAUGUGUAUUGUUGCGAAAUAUUCUGUUACAUAGAUUAAAUAAUUAUAAUUAUUAAAAAUAAUUCUUAUUCUAAGAAAAAUUCUAUGUAUUAUGUAUUAAUUAAUAAAAAUAAUGAAAAUCUAUUUUAUUAUCUAUUCAAACAAUAAAUUUAAGUCUUUUCUUUGAAGUGUAUGUUGCUUU